AUGAAUUAUUUUACUAAGUGGGUCAAGGCUGUUCCAGUGAAACAAACAACAUCAGAGGGAAAUGGUCAAGCUCAAGCCAGUAAUAAGAAUAUAAUUACUAUUCUCUGGAAGCUAGUUGAUGAAAAUCAAAGAACAUGGCAUAAACAUUUGUAUGAGGCAUUAUGGGCUGAUCGCACCACAAAGAAAAGAGCUAUCAGGUUAUGUCCUUUUGAAAUAAUUUAUGGAACAGAAGCAAAGUUGCCUAUUCUGUUGGAGUUAUCUUUUCUUAAAUUUCAGGAAGUUUUGGGGAAUUAUGAAUUCAAAGAUGCAUUAGAAAAGCGAGUAUUGUAUUUGACCAAGAUGGAACAACAAAGAGAGGCAGUGGUCGAUAGAAUUAGAGAACACCAAAUGUGA